CGGAGUCAGGGCAGAGUUUGUCUGAACACAGGGGCACAGCUCCAUCCUUACAUGCAGUAACUGCAAACUCAAUGAAUUACAGGCGACUAUAGCACUGACCCUUCCUGUAGACUUUCUGCAUGGCAAAAUCCUUAGACAGUCCUUAAAAUCAUCGAACAGAUGAUACAAUCUUUUUAUUUUAUACAUUUUAUAGCUUAGUGAGAUCUCCACCAUGGUGCUAGGAAAGGUAAAGAACUUCUUCGUCAGCUACGACUGUCUCAAUGACAGCAAUGUCCCGGUAUUCGCCAGUGGGGACGUUGUCUCUGGUCGAGUGAUCGUUGAAGUUACCGGAGAAAUUCGCGUGAAAUCAAUGAACAUUCACGCGAAGGGACUGGCGAAAGUUCGUUGGACUGAGUCACGCAAUGCGGGGUCCAACACUGCCUAUACACAGAAUUUCACGGAAGAAGUGGAGUAUUUAAACCACAAAGACGUCCUAAUUGGACGUGAUCGAGAUGAUGACAACUGUGACGACGGCUUCACAAUUAUUCACUCAGGUCGACACGAGUUUCCCUUCAGCCUUGAACUGCCUCAGAUGCCUUUGGCUACAUCAUUUGAAGGCAAACAUGGCAGUGUACAGUACUGGGUGAAGGCAGAGCUCCACAGACCGUGGCUCCUGCCCAUGAAAGCCAAGAAGGAGUUCACUGUCUUCGAGCACAUUGACAUCAAUACUCCACUGUUACUGUCUCCUCAGGCUGGCACAAAGGACAAAACGCUUUGCUGCUGGUUCUGCACCUCAGGGCCUAUUUCACUAAGUGCCAAAAUUGAAAGAAAGGGCUAUACUCCAGGCGAGUCCAUCCAGAUCUUUGCCGAGAUUGAAAACUGCUCUUCCCGUGUGGUUGUGCCAAAGGCAGCCAUCUACCAAACUCAGACCUUCUUUGCCAAAGGCAAGGUCAAGGAGAUCAAACAGCUUGUUGCUAACCUCCGUGGAGAUCCUCUACCAUCUGGCAAGACCGAGACUUGGGACAGCAAGAAGCUGAAGAUUCCACCCAUUUCUCCUUCCAUUCUGGACUGCAGCAUCAUCCGAGUGGAAUAUUCACUCAUGGUGUACGUGGACAUUCCUCGGGCUGUGAACCUGACCCUGAACCUACCCCUGGUGAUCGGCACUAUCCCACUCCACUCCUUUGGCAGUCGUACCUCUUCUGUCAGCAGCCAGUGCAGUAUGGCCAUGAGUUGGUUGGGGUUGCCCGAGAGGCCUGAAGCUCCACCAAACUACUCUGAAGUCAUCACAGAUGAACAGCGACAUAAUCUAGAGUUCCCAACUGCAAGGGAUGAGAUCGAAGGACCACUUUAUGCCUACAUUCAUGAGUUCCGUUACCAGCCUCCACCCCUGUAUUCCGAGAUUGACCCCCAUCCUGAAGAGGAUUGUGCCCCAAUGGACAGGAGACCAGAUACCUGUCCAUCCCGCUGAAGUAGUGACCACACCUGACCAGUGCUGUCAGGGAUCUCUAAUCUCUACAAACUUAUCCCCUCAACUGGGGUUUGUUCUUCCUCCAUGUGGAGGCACGAUGCAGAUGGAUAUCCUCCAGGAAACACUCCCAGUCCUAGGAUUGUCCACUUGGUUGAAUCCAGCUCAGUGGCCCAUGCUGAAGACCUCAAGCGAUCCUCCCCUUCCAUCCCCGGUGAAAAGAGCACAGACAAGAUUUGUAGGCGUAAAACUGUGCCCUUGACAUUGAGAAGGACUAAACACAAAGUCACUGAAUGCUAGAAUGCUAGAAUGCUGUGACCAAAAUUCUCGAAACUUGUUCCACGUUUUUGAUGUUAUUCUUCACUUAUUUCAAUAAUACAGAAACAACGUGAUGUUUAGGGACAAGACAACCACCUUUAGACAAACAAGUAUCUCCCAACAACCAAUGCAAAUCCUACAACCACUCCAACAGAAAAAAGGCAGACUUUUGUAGACUUUCUUUUUGUUGAUUGCUGUUUGACACUUGUGUUUUUACCACAUCAGAUUUCUUUAGAUUUUUUUGGUUUCUGAAUAAUAAUGUUCUGAGAACAUUCAGAAACCAUAGAUAUGGACAUUAUAAGAACUGCUGCAAAGCGUUAUUGUUGGGAUUCAUGCCACGUUGCCUUCAUGCUAAAAUUAUCUAACUGCACUGCAAGAUCAUAAUAUAGCACAUGGUACUGAUUUAAGUGGCGAAAGAAAAUAGACCACUCACGACGAGCGAAGGGAACACUCAUUGAGAUGCAAGGCGAUUGACAUUCCUGAAUCAAUCCUCCCACUGUCUGUUACAAAAUAGGUGGAAACCUGUACUCCAGAACUCUUCGUUGAGCUUUUAUUUGUUUAACAACUGAGAGUGAAUUAAGAGAUAUUAUUUUUUUAAUACUCAUUUAAUGAUGAUUGUGGCUUGUUGGCAUAGGCCUGUCGUUUAAUGUCGAUUUGCACUUUUCAUUGCAUUCAAAGGGCAUACUGAAGCUUUUUUCAUUUGCAUGAAACAUAUGCCAGAAAGUUUACAAAUGUGAUUUUGGUAUGUUUGUUUACAUGGAUGCUAUUGUUAACAGACAAACUAAAAUGACUUGUGCAUUUGUACUGAUAAAACAAUCUGUGUGGCCUUGGCACUAAAAGCAUUUAUCUUUUAUUUUUUCACCAUUUAUGGCUGAAUUUGUGCACUGUGCUUACAUUUACAUUACAUAGCAAAAAAGGGAAUAUGUAAUGUUUUUGAAUUGUAUGCAUUCUUGAUAAGUGUUUGUGCUUAAAUUCAGUGUGGUUUGUGAUGAAUAUUGUGUCCGUGUUUAAGAGCUCCCUGUUUUUCUAUUUGAAAGCAAAAAUGUUCUUAAACAUGCACUUCCAGGUAAUUAAUUUUGAAUAUAAUGUUCAAUGCUUACAAAAUAUAUUAGAAGUAAAGUUGCUCUUCGGUCAGGCAGGUCCAUAGCUUAGCUAAUUAAAGCUUCCAUUUUUCCAUUUCAGGGUCUGAUGUGUAUGAAAUUGGUAUACAAGUCAAAAUGUGCAAUAUUCUCUGUUAUACAAGUGUGUUUCCACAGUUUUGUAUUCUUAGCUUGUUGCUAACUUUUGUACAAUGAUUUUUUUAGGUUGUCUGUAUUGUCACAGUAAAAAAUUACCGUUGUUUGUUUUUCCUCUUAAAUCUGUUGAAUAAAUGUAAUUUUCUACAAA